UAUUUUUACUACACCAAGCGAAGUACGUGUUGUGCAUAAAUAAGCCAUAUUUUAUCCAUAAUUAAUCUGUCAAAAUAAUUUUAACAAUUAGUUUCGGCUGGUUUUGUUUUUUUGGUAAUUGUUACGCCUUUAACGUGUUUGUUUGCAAGCAGUGUAGACCAGCAGAUCAUCAAAGGGAUUGUUUCGAUAUUUGUGUUUUACAAUUCGAUGACACGAUAACUUGCAAUAGGCUCUUAAAUUUUAAUAAUACUUGAAGACAUAAUGCGAGUGGGAAAAAUUUAUUGGACCGUAUUAGCCUUAGCAUCAGAUGCAAAUCCAGAUUUAUUUAUGAAGGACAGAAGCUCGAAAACAUGACCUAGUUCUCCAGGAUACUUCUGCAUGUCUGAUAUUCUCUUGAGUUAACUACCGGUCGACCUGAAGAUGAAAUAAAGCAGAUAUUUCCGAGGAAAUAUGUGGUCCUACGGUACGGUGUUCAAAUCUAUUAAUUCUAUCAGUUCACAAUCUCUUGCCUACGGCGACAAGUUUAUUCCAAUGGGUUACUACAAACAGCUUUCUAAAAUAUCUGUUAAAACCAAGGAAAGUCAGGAUUCGAAAAAAGACUUGCCACCCUGGCCUUGUCACAACCCUUAUUCGUCUCAGUACUCUUCAAACAUCCAUCCAUUAAGGUUUAAAUCUAAACCGAAUGAAACUAAUUUGGAAUUAAAAUAUAAGACCGUUUGUCAAGAAACUUGGCGUUGGUUAAACGAAUACUGGUCAUUAUACAAUCUUUCUUAUUCAAAGGCAAAAAAUGCAUUUUUGGAAAAAGAGAAAAUGAAAAAUAUAGAAAAUAAUUCAACUGAACAUAAGAUACCAGAUAUGGGAGUAUUUCAUCGUGAAUUUUUGGAGGCAAAUAAAAAGCAGAGAAUGGACUUCAAUCUUAAAUGGUAUCGUUCUAUUGGUUAUAUUGUUUAUCUAAGUAUUUUGGUAGACCUACAACAAUUGUAUCAUCGUUUCUAUGCCAAAUUUUCUUCAAAAUCAAAUAAAUGUGAAAAUGUUAAUAAUAAGAAAAUAAAACCAAAUCAUUGAUUAUUCAUUUGAUAACUUGAAUGAUUUUGUAUAUAUAUAUAUACUUUAUUAGAAAUCA